GCUCGAGUGGAAUUUUGGGGGAUGGAAGGUUCGUCGUCUGCUCUGCUUUCUGCUUGAUAAAUCUCGUAGAUAGCCGAGAGAUGUGGAUUUGAACUUUGAAGUACUUGAAACAUGCGAGUUAUUUUUUAAAUUUUACCUUUUUGAAAAAAUUUUGAGAAUUGCAAAAUGUAAAGUGUGACAGAUUCUGUAGCAGUUAGUGUGGCUAUCUCUGGCUGUCAAGAUCCACCUUAAGUUUCAGAAAAUUGGCGUUAACUUUUAAGAACAGGAGAAGAAACAAUGAACCACAGGACAUUGCGUUUGAAUUAAAAGGAAUUACUUUCAGGCUUCCAAAUUUGUUGAAUCUGAUUUCAAGUUUAAUUGACUUUGAACACAUUCACUCUAAAACAUUGGCUGAAUUCUACCUCAACAAAGAAGUAUGGGAAGUAGUUGCCCAGGAAAAAAUUGAACUCAAUUUCCUAUCAAUAAGUUUGACUCCCCUGAAAGUCAAAUCAAUGCUGCGAAGCAGAAGGGAUCACGUGGAGGUUUUUUCAACUCAACACAAUUCUGGGACCUCACAUGGAAGUCCUCUUUGCGCAGAAACAGAAUUAACUGAAAAUGGACAUCUAAUUAAACUGGCAUUAGGGAAUGCAGUUUCUCGCUAUAUAACUGUAUAACUCAACCGCCCAAGUGAAUGGAUAGUAGACUUAACAUUGAAAUUCCGCCACGUUAUCGAACGUUUUGCCUUCUAGAAGAUGAAGGCAAUUCCGAUACAGACACUGAUGUGAUGGCCGAGUCCACCGCGAUGGCAGCGAAUCGUUGGCGACAGUCGAGUUCCAUUCGUUAACCCCGGGGCGUAGAGCACAGAUUGAGGGCUUCAUUAGAACAGCAGUUUUUGACCUGAUAAUUCUGACAGGCUUUUGUGGAGAAUGUGCAGCUAAACAAAAUAGGUGACGUUGGCGGAAGCAGCUCCCAGCUGUCAACAGCCAGGAGCGCCGGAUAGCGGAGGGCAGGCGAUAACAACCAUCAAGAAUGCACUGGUAAUCACCUCUGGCUCUCGACCAUCGGGGAAAGUGUCACCAGUUUCUAUUCCCCUGCACAAAAUCCAUACUUCUGAUUCGGCCGAUGCAACUCUCACUACUCUGCAACCACCAAAACCCAAGACGACUUUAUCGGAAGCCGGAGUUAGAAAAACGUUAGAAAAACCUCCAGGACCUCCACCCAGACCUGGACCAUCGGCUGUUUCCGAUUGGCAGACCACGCAAUGUCCCGCCACCUUUGAGGGUUUUCCCGCGUGUUGGAAAUGUCACAAGAGGAGGAACUGCUUUUGGGUCAGAGGCACCUGGUAGAGAAAUUUCGUACUACUCCAUGGAAACCCAUUACUUCAUCAGUCGUCUGCUUUCUUCACGCGUGGCGUGGCGUGUGGAUUUUCGAAAUGUCAAUUCGCUGGUGUUUUCCUGGAUUCGUGAUUGCGUGAAUGGCGGUGUUGACGUCAGAAGGACAGAACAGCCACUUUCCUGUUACCAUUAAGAAGUUGCUUCCGCUAACCGGAGUUUGGAAUGGAGAAGAAGAGCUAUAGAAUUCCAAUCCAGACAGCAACACAUUUCUGUCACUCACUCAAUCACUCACUGGAUCGUUUUCGACCAACGAGUUGGACUCCUGGAAGCCCAAGAUUCCGCAUUCCUCAGCUCAGUGCAGAAAGAAGUCGUUAACAUCCAGCUUGUCCUUGUUUGAUCGCGAUUGAAUAUCCACCCGGUGUUAAAUGAAUAUUGAAUUGUGUGCUGUAUCGGUAGCCAUUUAGACAGGAAAAUCACACCAUUUCGAAUUGUUUCUGGCUUGGGAUUUUCACUACUCCACAAUUAUCCAAAGAGAAGGGAGCUGCUAGACGAGUGUUGAGAUAGAUGCCCGUACGACAACCUUUUUAUCACCCACAUUGACUAAAUCAUUUUGUCUUUUCUACUUGAUGUCAGAUGCGGGUGUUGGCAAUAAACAACGCCGUGCCAUCGAGGUUGAUUGGUGCUCGCACGUUCAGCCGGAUCCGGAUUAUCCUCAUUCGCUCUGAUUUACCAGUUCGGAGUUCGCCCAGUUCUCAUCUUUAACACGGGUGACGCAAUCAUUUCAUUUUCAGAGCUUUGAUGACUACUUUUACGCCGUCACGCUCGGUCGCGCCUAUUGCGCCCAACUUUUUCUCGACUGUGGAGCCAAUUCCAAUCACCAGGACCAAAAGGGACGCACUCCGCCGUAUUGCGGCGCCACCAAGAGGCAGACGGAAACGUUGCGGCUGCUUGUCCAGCAUCAAGCGGAUCUCUGGCUGAGGAGCACCAAAGGAGACGUGCCGCUGCACGUAGCCGUGGCCGCAAAGAUCUCGUCCUGUGGAUCCUGCGGCAGUGCCAGCAGCAGCAGCAGCAGUAGGGCGAGUCAGGCGGAUCGGUGGUCAUUGGCGGGGCUCACGUGGUCAACAACGACGGCCGCAGUCCACUGCACAUCGCCGCCAUCAAUAGCAACGUGGAAUUGUACAAGAUAUUGAUAGAUCACGCAGCCGAGAUCAAUUGCAUCAUGAGGCCAGCCCGAAAGCAAUUGAUUACGCCGCUGGACGCGGCCCUGCUCGGGGCAAUCUCAACUUUACGGCGGAUUGGCGGCCGCCAAACUCAACGACAGCCGGACCCUGCAACGAGCCCUCAGCCAGGCCUACACGGAGAACCAGCGACAGAUGUCGGUGAUGGUCCACAACAACGCCGAGAUGAUGGACUACCCGAACGACAGUCAAAUGUCGGGCCGGUCGUCGAUGGUUCAACUUCCGCAUUUGGCCGGACACAAAAGCCGCACCGUCAGCCGACUGGAAGACAGCGCCACUCAGACGCAAGUGGAAGAAUCUUUCUUCAGCGAGAACAAGGACGAAACAGAGAUCCAGCUGUCGAGCGCUGGAGUGAGACUGGGCGAAACGGAGAGCGGAUUGAGGCGUCGGAGGAUCAGGCGAUCCUUGACGGAUCCUCGCCCACCGCCCAAUGAUGAAGAACUCCGCUGGAAGUCGCGUCAGGGCUACUCGGAUGAUUCCGGAUCGGAAAGCGACGAUGAGCAGCACCUGCCUGGAUUGCGUUACCACCAACAGCAGCAGCAGCAGAGACCCAAUUUGCCGCAGUUCGUGUCGGUCGGUGGCGCUCCUGGGACGGGCGGAAGCGGUGGCGACGGAAGCAGCCACGGCCUCAGCAACAUCAACACGGUCCAUUUGGAGCCGCUCGUCAAAUCCAGCCAAGUGGCCACCGAUUUGGCCGUCAGGUCUCAGUCGAUCCUGUCCAAUGUCGGGACGGUUUUAAUGACGAGUUCCGGCCAAAAGGAUUCCGAAUUCAGUGACCUGGUCGCUCGCUCCGAGGAGGACAUCAAUUCGUCGGCGCUGAUCCGCCGGACCGAUUCGGCCACUCUGCUGCUGGAUUUCAUCCGCUCGCCGUCGGAGCAGCAGAUGAUGAACGGGCAGGACGGCGAGAAUUUGAACCGAUCGUCGAGUAGUUUGAACAACAAAACGACGACCCACUCGCCGUUGAUGGACGAUGUCGAGUCGAGCCGGAAGCGGACCAAAUCGGAGCGCCGUUCGGAACACGAAGGAUCGUCUGCCCACCCGCCGACGGCAACUCAUCCGCACAGCGAGCGGAUCAAGUAGAAAGCGGAAAUUCCCAUUUCCGUCAACCGCGCCGCUCAAGCCAAAACCCGAAGGUACAAUUUGGAGAGGAAGAUCUUCCAACAGCUGUUGGACUGGAAGCAAAUGCAAAUCCGCAUCGGGCAGGCCAACGAGCACCAGGUGUUUGCCAAGCGGCUCAUCGACGGAUUGCGCAGAGACGCCGUCACCGUCGGACUCGGCCCCUACGACGGAUCCUAUUCCUUCCAGCAACUCCAAGUCUACCUCUACAAUCAGCUGAGGAUGGUGCAAGGAGGGCGGACUUUGCUGCCGCUGGUCGAUUUGGCGACGGACCGCGAAGACGCCGCCACCACCAACGGACUGACGUCAUCGAGACCGAGUCCACCAAUGGGACGAGCAGGAUGACGACGACGAUGCCGGUGGAAAAGGGCACCCACACGACCCAGCGUUGCCCGCACGCCAUGUACGCUUACACGACCUUGCCGCCGGCCUUGGCUACACGGCCGUGCCCUGCGCUGCCUUUAUUCCCUACCACAAACACCACCGGCCCGUCACUCAACAUUAUCAACAGCCACAACAACCAACGAAUCACCCGGGGACGGCCAAGUUGACGACGGAAAACGGGCGAAUCAUUCUGCCGAAAUUGAAUUUGAACAACAACAUCAACAUAAAUGGCUGCAAUUAUUGCAGUAGGGGCCCCAGUCAAAUCAAAAAGUCAAAUCAGAUUAACGAUUGAUUAAAGCAUGUCUAUAUACGUAAACUAUUACCCAAGGUUGAUCCUAUGAAGAUGAAGGCUAUCACAAUAACAAACUUCAUUCUACUGCUUUUACAAAGCGACCUUAAAAAUUCGUUCGGGUUUUUUUUAUUUCUUAAAAAGUCAGCAUUCGUUCCCGUCGACAAGAUUAUCGCGUUGUCCAACCCAUUAUCGUGCAUGUUGCUUAACUUGUUUUUUAUUUUUUGAUAUUUUCACCUCCAUUGCUCGCAUACGUACUGUAGACGUCAAAGAAUUUAUGAUAUUAUCUAAGUCAAUAAAAGCCUGUUAAGGGUUUGGUAAAAACUA